GGUAAAAUAUUGAUUGUGAUCAACUUUGUACUUUUAUUUCCUUGUAAAUCAAACCUAAUCAACUAAAAGCAUAGCCUAACCAAACACCUUAUAAUUAAAUCAUUAGUUAACAACAAUCAAGCCCAUUCAAGAGUAAAAGAUGAAAACUUUUCAACUAAUUGUUACUUUUUUGUGUUUCUAUGGAGCCCAAUGUACAACAAUUCGUGUUGGCCACAAACAAGAUAGCUUUGAGAAUUCUCUCUCAUCGUUGAAUUUUGGAUCAGUAGACUCGUUGAUGAACCCACUUAAAUCGUCCCUCCAAAAAGCAACUGCGGCCAUUUGUCAUGCAACUAAAUUAUGCCAUCAUGAAAUGUUGAAUAAAGAGCCGUUCAGAUCAUUAUUAGGAGAAUAUAUUCACGAUGAGAGCCAUCGAUCACCAUUAUCAUUCAUGAGUGGACUUUUUCCAACUGAUACAGUUUCAACAGCGAUGAAAGAUGUUCUUGGAGGUAUCAAAAACGCUGAACUUGAUGUACUAUUAUCACCCAUCAAAAAAAUGAUGUCUAAUAUCGUCGGUUGAUGUAAAUCAGUUUGAGUGAUUUACACUGAUCAAAUAUAAAAUCAACAUUUCUUUUAAUUCGAUUUGCACCUUAUUUCAAUUGUAAAGACUAUACAUAUUACGAGAAAUUGUUUCAUAUUCAUGCAUUUGGUAUGAUGAGAAAUACAAAUUGUGCUAAAUAAAUAAGAAAGAGUAUCAACGAA